AUGGGCGCCUGGGCACUCAGUCUCUUCUGUUGCGACUAUGACCUCGACCUGGUGCAGGAUCUGGACCAGAAAUGUGGGCUUCCCGACCUUGAGCGUGCGGCAGGCAGGCAGCCGCGUCCUGACACCAUGAGCGGGACGGCUCGUAAGGACGAACAUAUCAGAAUUGCCGCCAUGUCCAAAAUCUCACCGGAGGCUCGCAAAAACUUGCCAGUCGACUACUCGAUGCUGGAGAAGCUAUGUUCUGAUCCCUUGAAGGUUCGUGCCCACCUCGACAACACUGGCAUUCUCGCCCGUGUCUUCACCGAUCUCAAGCGCCGAGCUGUCGAGGUUGAGCGUAGCUUCUUGCGUGAUCCAUACGGUCCGGGCUACCACAUCUGCAUUCUGGGUGCCUGUGCCAUGACUUUGGGUGCUCGAAUUUCGGCCAACGACCGUGCGGCGAUGGGCAGACACUACCGCAGCUGUGGACUGAUGCGUGAUGCUGCUACUCAGAUCGAACAUGCCCUCGAUCCUGACACUGGCUAUGUCAAUGGCUGCCCGUGGGAUUUUGGCCUUCUCGGCCGCGAUGAGGCUUCACGAACCAUGUCAUCCAGCGCCGAAGAUGAGCUAUUCCCAGGCUUCGGCAUGCGGAAUGUUUGGUCCCCAGACCAUGGACGGGACAAGGGAGAGAUGAGUCUCCUUCGAAAGAGUAUUCUCCAUCUCAUUGCGCAUCGCAAGCCUGGUGUCGACGACCUUGCCCAAGCCCUUGCAAGCCUUGUAUUCAAUCCCUAUGACAAUGCCAAGACCACGAUAUCAUCGACAAAGGCAGACUCGCAUCCGGAAAAGUAUCGCAUCGAAGCCGAGCGUCUGGUGAAGCUCUACGACUUCCACACUCGUCCGACUGGUGCACAGGAGCACUCCAGCCAGGCGUGCGGGUCGUGCGCACAUAAGACGAAGCUUUCGAAAUGCGCAAAGUGCCAGGAGGUGUACUACUGCAACUCGGCGUGUCAGAAGGCAGACUUUGCAACGCACAAAGUGGUGUGUCCUUUGCUCGCUAGGCUGAAGCGGGAGCAAAACCCCAAGGAGGAGUUCUCUGCGUUUCUUGCAGAGGUGCAGCAGAGAGGCGGAUAG